AUGGUAGCAAGACCGAGAUAUUUCUCGUGAUGAUCCACAACUUUCAUUCCUAGGAUAGAGGCUAAUUGUUCCCGUGUCUCUCCUCUAAUAUUAGGGUUGAAAGAUAGCUCUGAUUUCUCCAAGUUCACCUUUUGUCCUGACUCUGCCUCGUAGAGGCUUAGAAUUUGCUUCAGUUUCUCGCACUCCUGUCUAGUGGCCUUAGUGAAUAAGAUGCUAUCAUCAGCAAAUAGAAGAUGAGAGACCACAGGUGCUGCUCGUCUCGCCUUUAUACCACUGAUGUGGUUUUCCCUUUCGUUGCUGAGCAGCUUUUAGUCUUAGCUAGUUAGAUGUGUUUGUACUUUGUACUUGAUUAUAUUUGAACAUUCAUAAUUAGUUAGAUGUGUUCCUUAGUUCUUCAGAUGUGUUCCUAAGUUUGGUUCAUUUGAGUCCCUCUCUGUCUCACUCACUUCCCCUUUCGGUUUUUUACAUUGCAUGUAAAUCCAGCAGUGAAGUUUGGUUCAAUUGGAAUCCAACUUUCCCGCUACUUCCCGUUGGGUUGUUGUUGCCGUAUGGUUUAGCAAAGCAAAAAAUCUCAACAAAUAAGAUCUUCCCUUAUCCAAAAAAAAGUUCUCAACUUUACAAAAAGACCCAAAAUCCGAAACCUUAACCACAUUUCCCCUGUAGAAUUGACAUCACAGAUCUUCAAUCGAUUAUGAAUUCCGAUCUUGCGCUGCCGUCUUUCUUCAUAAAGAUGUCCUUCUUUGGAAUCAAGUUAUGGGUUCUGAUCCUCGCUCUCGCUUCACUCCUCACUUGCCUGAUCCUCGCCGCCGCGCUCCUCUGCAUCUUCCAACUCCGCCGCCGCCGCCGAAAUUCCAAACUUAAGAAACUCAACCCCUGUUUCAGUUCACAACAACACCUGAUUUCCUGGGGCGGCGGCGCUGCCUCGUCGCUGGACAGGAGGCUUCUGUCGCAGCGCAUUAUUCCGGACGUUGAGAUGCAGACCGAUCCUCGUCAGGAUUGUGCGAUUUCGAUCCCAGGCGUCCUGGAAUCAGAUUCCAGGCCGCCCCGGCGGCGUAAUGCUCGGAAAGAAGGAGGUGGGUUCCUUCUGCGUUGGUCGGAGAUCGAAACGGCCACCGGCGGUUUCGCCGAUCACAACAUAGUCGGAGAUCAAGACGGGGUGAUUGUUUAUCUUGGGUUGCUGAAAAAUGCCAGAGUGGCAAUAGUUCAGCUACCCUCGAAAAGCUGCCAGGCUGAGAAAUUCAUGGCGGAAAUGGAUGCGAUUGGGCAGAUUAGGCACAAGAAUCUUGUCCAUUUGCUUGGAUACUGCGUUGAAGGAGAUCACAGAGCGAUUGUAAUGGAAUACGUGGCGAAUGGGAAUCUGCAUCAAUGGCUUCAUGAAUGCCCUAAAGAAGCCAGCUCUUUGAGCUGGGACCAAAGGAUGAAUAUACUCCAGGGAGUAGCAAAAGGAUUGGCAUACCUACACGAGGGUGUCGAACCACGGAUCAUCCACGGACACCUGAAAUCCACCAGCAUACUGCUCGAUCGCCAAUGGAAUGCCAAGAUCUCCGACCUCUGCAUCUCUAAGCUUCUGAGCCAAGAAUCGCAUUCGAUUGCACUGUCAGGAUACCUGACUCCAGAAUUUGAUUCAACCUGCGUUAUGAUGAAUGAGCAGAGUGAUGUUUAUAGCUUCGGGGUUCUUGUUACGGAGAUCAUUUGUGGUCGAAAUCCUGCUCUGGGAAGCUCGAUCGAGUGGCUGAAAUCCAUGAUAGCAGAUGGGAAGACAAUGUCUGUCUUGGAUCCAAAACUGCCUCAGAUGCCCUCUUCCAUAGCUCUGAAACGGAUGCUUUUGGUGGCUCUUAGAUGUGUGGAUCCUGAGAUCUGUCACAGGCCAAGUAUGGGUGAAGUGAUCCAUAUGCUUGAGACCAGUGACUUGCUGCUUGUUCGUGAGCGCCAGAUUGUUGAGAGUGUUGAAAGCUUGGAUGAAGAGCAAAGAGGUAGUGUUUCGGAAAGCUCUGCAGGAGGAUAAUGACGUCUAUUUUGCUGGUUGAUGCAAUUUCAGGGUGGAGUUUAACCCCAUGGUUUUUUUUCUUCUUCAUGGGCUAACCCUGUCAAUAUAUGCAAGAAGAAUAUUCUUCUUUGAGUAAUAUAGAUGAAAAUAUUUGACAGAAAGUAAAACAACAAUUCAACAAAUGUGUAGGGAUGACAAUGUACAAAAUUAUUUUUAUUUCGAAAUAGCCGACAUACCUUCAAUAAUUAUAGCCGACACAUCUUCAUUAUAGUCGAAGAACUUAUUAUCCAAAUAAAUCAAUCUUAAUCAUAAUACAUUUUAAUUUUGUUUAAAAUAACUCAUAAAUCAUAAUCCUAUCACUUCCUAUUAAAAAAAAAAACAGACUCUCAGCCCUUACAAUAUAUAUGUGUGAUGUGUGUUGGGUCUGGGCCUAUAAUUAAAAGAGGGAAAAAAACCACAGGCCAAAUGGCUAAUAGUCCAGGCGGACACUAUAUAUCCUUUAGUUUACUUGCUGUUGAAGGUGGUGUUGACUUUACCUGUUGCAAGUACAAGCUACGAAAGAGCAUUUUCAGCUAUGAAGAUAAUCAAGAACGAUCUUCGAAAUCGGUUGAGUGACCAAUUUAUGAAUGAUUGUUUAGGUGUGUAUAUUGAAAAAGAUUUGCUUUGUAGCAUAAGUGAUGAAUGUAUUUUAGAGAAAUUUCAAUAGAUGAAAAGUCGUCGCGGUUCGUUGUAAAUAUGACAUUGUGAACUUUAUGAAUUAAUUUCUUUUAAUUUGUACUUAAUUUUUUAUUUAAUCUAAUUUAAUUAUUAUUGGAUUUUAUCGGCGACAUACCUCUCCGGCAAUCCUGGGUCCACCACUGUGUGUGUGGUUUUCUGAAAUCUAACAAAGAGGUAACGAGUUCGGUACGACUUCGGUAUUUUAAGUAUUUACGCAAAACUCGAUAGAAUAUGUAUUUCAAACUCAUUCACUUCAACACUUCGACCAUCCAUAUCUUUCAAAUAUUAUAAUUCUCUCCUAGAUGCAACUUUUACUUGUUUUCCUUUAGCAGUCAUUUUGUUUCGUGGAUUUAAAAAAAUGAAAAUUUUGGUUAAAACUUGGAUUUUGUAAAACUAUGAAUUUUACAUGGAAUUGGCCCAUUAUGGAUUUUGGACUCAACCAUUGUUUGCUUGUUAGAUUUCAUGAUGGAUUUUGUUCGGUAAAUUACAAGGUUGGUCACGAACAUUACUAAAAAAAUUCGAAUUUGAUCACUAAAAAUAUUUCAUUUCAUUCCGUGAUCACCAAAAUUAGUUUAAUAUUUCAUAUUUGUUCACUCUCCACCAAUCUUCAUUAACCACAUCAGUGUUUAACUUUUUUAUCUACUAGGAAAGGGCUUGAUUACGAGCUAUAUUGCUUUCCACAUCAGUUUUUGUAUAUAUAAAACUUUUAAUAGUGGUAGAAACACAAUGAAAUCAAGUCAAAGUAUCCUUUGACUUAGAUCUUGACGGGCCAACCGAACCCGAAAAGAAAAGAAGUCGGACCAACCGAAAGAAAAGUAGUUAGUUGGGCCUUCUGGACUGACUUCAUACGAGAACCCCAUGCAGAGUCUACAGUGACCCAAACUAUUCAGAAGAGAAGGCCCAAAAACAGUUUCUUGGAUAACAAGUAAGUAGCCCUCACACAACUCGUCUUUUUUUGUAAUAGUUAGAAACUCUACCUUAUCGGUUGUCCGGAUAAGAAAUAUCAUAUGCUGAACUCAAGUGAUAUGAGAUUUUAGCGGUACAAAAUGGUUGAACCACGGUUUAAUCAUGAUUUUAGUAUAAAACACUUUGUCACUAAUUUUUCUAAUAUCUUUAUGUACGAUUUCACAAUUAUUGGUUUCCCCCUCUUUCUGAGGUACCUUAAACACGAUUAAACCCAUGUAUAACUAGCUUAUAAUAUAUUGGGUAGUUUAACUAAUUAAAGAUGCAGAGACUCCGAACUACGUUGCUUAAGCUAACACUCAAUAGUGAUUAGUGAGAAUGUCUCUUAAUGAUUUGACUAUACUUUUGGUUUAACUAGACGUAAAUUUAAUCGAGUUAUUGUGAUAUUCUACAUUAAACACAAAAAUACCAAAUUUCCAAGCACUUUGUUCACUAUCUCCUCUUUCCCUCUUCUAUUGGAGCACCCAUCAAAGCAAAAAACAUGCUUAGAGCAAAAAAAAAAUCAAAAUCAAAAUCGUAGAUUAGGAUUUUCACCUGGAGUCCCUCCCUGGUUUGGUCAACUCAUGGCACCGCGUUUGUGCAUUAUUGUUGGGAGUCAAUAUAUAUCGUUAUCCCUUUGCUAAAGGAAGGCUGACUGUGGAGUUCGAUGUGUCCAUGUCCAUUAACAGUCCACGUCGCCCUUUUUCUGGUAGACUUUGUAAUAAAAGAGAGGAUUAUUUAUCGUGCACUCUACAAUUAGGUUUAAUUAGGGUGUCAUUUGACUAACUGCAUGCCGCCAGAAAUCCCUGUCGUGUUGGGAACCUAUACUAAUCAAUUAUAGGAAUUUUGGGCGUUUGGACUUUGGAGAGAGGGAUUUGGCUAUUUAGGGAUGAUUUGGAAGUUGCGAUCUAUUUUGUUGAGAUUGUCAUUAUGCAUGUAUUGUUUACAAUACAUCGUUUUUUUUUAGCAGAAAUAAUACAUGGAUUGUUUCUGUGAUGAGACAGAAACUAUCACUCAUUUUGAGUGAUUGUUAUAUCUCAACUUUUAGUUGUGGUUGUUGAGAUAGUUGAGUUGAGAUUGUUUUGUCUCAGCUUUUAGCUGAUGCGACAUACACAAUCACACAUACCAAACGUUGUAUUCUACAAUGCAUCAAAUUCGACAAUACAUGUAUGAUAUUAUACAUGCAUUCUCAACAAUACAUCUAUUUAACAAUCGCAACUUCCAAACGACCCCUUAUAUCAUGUAUCUUAACUUCAAAGACUUCAAAUCUCCAAAAUUUAGUGAUAUCAAAUCUCUCAAGAUUCUUUUUUUUUUUUUGUCAAAAGAUAUCAUGUAUUGAUCGAAAAAAUAGACAGUUUACACUCUGGAAACCAGCCAGGUCGGGAAAUCAAAUAAGUGACUCAUAGUCGGAUACAAAGAGAUGGCUUUCCUAGCUACCAAAUGAGCUACCCUAUUGUUCUCCCGACCUACAAAACGCACACUAAAGCCAGGCUGAGUACGAAAAUAAUGACCAAUCUCUAACAGAACAGCACCCAACCGUCUAUCUCUUGUGUCGGCUUGAUUAAUUUUGUCAAUAAUCACCUUCACAUCGCCCUCAAAUCGGACCUCCGACAAACCUUGCUCCACACACCAAAUAAUAGCUUCCCUGAGCACAAGCAAUUCCACCACUACAGGAUCAUCCAUUUGAGAAAACUGGACCCUUUUAGCCAGAAGGAGAGUAUGCGCUGGGUCAAAAAGAACAAUCCCACCAGCCGAAUGUUACCCACCCUUAGUAGCCCCGUCCCACAUGCAAACCAAAUGGGAAUCACCCACUUGUGUUGUAGAUUGCAUUGUCGGGACUUCUACCCUAGGCGCCUGGUCCGCUGGUAGACCCACCCAUUCCUCAUACUGUUGGUUAAACUGUCGCAUGAGCGCUGGGAUCCCAAAUUGUUUGCCUUCAAAGACUACCCAAUUCCAAGAUCGCCAGAUCCUCCAAAGGAUGACAACAACAACCAUAACCACUAACGGGUGAUGGAUCAAUGCCAACAGACGUUUGAGAAACAAAGGAAAAGUAUGCCGAGACAAACCCUCCCCCAAGUAUCCCAAGCCAUAAUAAUCCCAGAGAGCCCGCGCAACCGGAUAAUAAAGGAACAUGUGAUUUUUAACUUCGAGAUUCUAUAUUUUAACUUGUGAUUUUUUUUAAUAUUUUUUAUCCCUUCGUUUCUUUUAUCCAGUUAAAUACUAUGACCAAUAAAUUAUCAAUAUUUCUCGUCGCACUCUUAGUUGUUUUUAUUGAAAUUAAAACAUAUUAUUUAAUAUAUCAUUAGAAUUUAUAUUUUCAUUGAAUAUUAAACAUGUCAUUUUACAGACAUCGUUGCUUACGAUAAGCAAACUAACAAUACACACUCCAUCUUUGUAUACGGUCCAACCAAUCGGCAAUCACAAGCCAUUAAAGUGUUGACAAAAAACUCAUUUUCCGCACGUAAUGAUGUCUACACUUAUAUUUAUCUAUCUAAUUAAGCAUAUACGUCUAAUUAACGAACAAUUAAUUAUCUUUCUAAAAGGUGUAUUUCCAACACAAGCCAAGCUUUUUGGCCUUUUUCCCCCCCUGUAGCAAACAAAUAUAAUCUAUUAACUAAGUGGACACCCUUUCUCCCUGUAUUUGACGGGUAAGGUUGAAGAUUAAUAAUAUGCGAUAUUGCAACAUUAAAAUCAUAUAAAGAUUAAUCAGCAUAGCCUUGGUGGGAUUGGUGCAACCUAGCCUAUCACUAAGUGCUUUGACUAAAAAAUAUGUUACAUCCCUAGUUUGGUCCGUCUGGCAGGAAUGUUACCUUGUUUUUAAAUUUAGCUUGUUUUAUGGAGAGUCAAAUAACUUCAGAUCAUUCCCCGUGUCAAGAACCAGUUGAUCCCAAUAACUCAAGUUGUUGGGAGAGGUUCAAUUGGGGAUCAUAUACCACAACACUAACACGCUCCCUCAAACGAAAGUCACUCACAAGGGCUUGAAGUUUGCACAGGUCUGAAGACAAGAAUACCAUGUGCUUAACAAAUGAGGGUCACCGGGAAUCGAACACAAGACCUCUCGGUCACAGAAGGCUCUGAUACCAUGUCAAGAACCAGUUGAUUCCAAUAACUCGAGUUGUUGGGAGAGAUUCAAUCGUGGAUCAUAUACCACAACACUAACAGGAUUCAUUUCGCCAUGAGGAAAAACAACCACAUGCUGAUUAGUUAAUUAAGCAUUAUUGUUCUGAUUAGUGGAGUAGUGUCACGGUCCAAAUUAGGGAUUAAGUAAAGGAGGGUGUGAAUGGGAGAUCAAUGAAUGGGUAACUUUGCAAAACUUUCUCUGUUGGUGAUUGGAUGGAAAGUUGGAGUGGAUAAUAUAAUUGGGGAGAGGUAAUUGAGGGCUAGAUGGAAGCUUAUGAGAGGCACCACGUAGCAUUAGUAUGGUCGAAUGAAAGUGUUUCUUGAUACUACUAUUGGGUUGUGUCAUCAUCCCCACCGAGAUGAAGACUUUGGUGUUGCUUUUGUGAACAAUAAAAGAUUUGUUAAUAGGAGAGGGAAGACGUGCAUGCUAUUUUGGGACAUUUUUUGGUCGUGACCCACAUGAAAUAUGGUGGUUUUAGGGCACUAUUUUUGGGCAAUAGGGGUGGGCGCAAAGGGCAAAUAAUUCAUGAGGAAAUUGUCCCAUCCCACAACUACCUAACUUUUCCCAUCCUCCAACACCCUCCAAUCCUAAUGUUCCGUCCAAGUACACACAACUUCCAUUGGUGGAAUUGCCACCAACAAUAGAUAUGGGUCAAUUGCAUAAACAGUCACUCGAGUUUCGAGUCACCGACGAAUUGGUCACUAAGACUUGGUUUGGUAGUAAUCAAUGUAUUCGGGUAUUAGGUUUUUUUGGAUGGCCUAAGAAGGGGGUCAAUCCAAGAUUGUAUGAUUCCUCUACAAAGACAAAAGACGCUCUCAAAGGCUAGGCACCAUUAUCUUUUCUGAGUGAUUUCAGCUUUUUAUGAUUCUGUGUUGUGGUGUUUACAGGGAGAGAGUCAGAAUGAUGGUUGAUCAGUUAGUCGUUCCGAACUUUGGUGACGAGUUUGUUAGAAUCCGAAGUCUCUGGGGACCGAUUCGUGUGACCCAGAAAUUCAGUGACCAUUUAUGUGUGAAUCGUAUUUUCUUUCUUGUAUGAUUUUUGUGGAAGGGAAGUGUGCCACGACGACCCAACCCAUUCGUAAGAAUGAAUAGUGCAGUGUUUAGUACUAUAGUGCAAGCCUUUAGAUGGAAGGGUAUCCCAACUAUCUAUAGGGAUGAAACCUAUGACAGUUUUGUGAUUGGAUUGGAGGUUGCAUAUGCUUAUGAACAUCUCCAAGCUUCAUGUGUAAUGUGUUAGGCUUAGGCGUCCAGAAUUUGAAAUUGCUCUUUUUUUACGGGUAAUUCCCUCAAGAGGUCCCAUCUCAGUAUAACUCUUAAUGCUUAUCUUCGUAAAAUUUCAAUCAUCAUGUGUCGACAGUAUAUUCAAAAUUCUAUCACAAUAAUGUAUUUUUAGUGUAUCGUCCAUAAUUACUUUUAUAGUGUGUCGACUAUAUAUUGAAUGAUAAAAGUUAGUCAGAGCAUCUCAUCAUGUUCUUGUUGUUAUUGUUUAACAUACUAAGAUUAGAAAUAUGUGGUAUUGUUUGUGAAGUACCAUGAAUGGAGAAAAAAAGCCAAAUUGAAGGUCAGUGUUUCACUUCAUAUGUGAUGUAAGAUGGCCUGCCAUUAGGUCUCAUAUAUAAGCUUCCUAGUUGGCUUAGGUGUGUCACCCUCAUUUAUAUUCUAUAUAUCUAAAGAACUUAAAUAAAAAAGAAAACAAGUUAGGUUUCCACUGUAUUGAAGGCUUGUAUAUUUCAGUCAAAAAAAGGCUUGUAUAUUAUAUCUUUGUAAUUUUUCUUUAAUGUCGUACAAAAUCGCUAGUUAUAGUGUGCCGAUUGUACUAUAUGAUAAGAAAAAUCAGAAUAUAUUACGCCGGAUUAUUAUAAUUGUCGAUGACAUACAUGCUUGUAAUUAUUUCUGCGCCGAAAUAUCGUGAAUGAAGAAGGAAAAACAAAGUUUUGUGUUACAUUUCGUAUGUCACGUAUUUAGUUAUAUCAUAUUGAUUGUCGUAUGUAGAUAUGCUUGCUAACUAGUUGCGCGGCACGAUGAAGACAAUAAAAAUUGGCUUAUCAA